AUGGCGCACACGCAACGGUCCAUGCCAGUACAACUUCUGAGGCUCAUUGUGGAUGUGUGGUAUACGCUGUCCAAGAUCAGCAACUCCGAGUCGUACAUACGCACCAUCUUACAGGGAGUGGAGUUCUUGAUAUCGCAAGAGGAUCCCAGUAUCAGACGUAAAGCUGUAGAACUUGUGGUGGGAAUAGUACAUGAUGUCAAGUCCAGCGAUGCGACAUAUGAUGUGCUGGGCUCCAUUGUCAUGCCCCUGCUGAAGCGACUAGCAGAAAGUGAGUGGUUUGCGGAUGCAGUUUCAGCAUGUACACUUAUUCCUCUCGUGUACAGCGACGCCUCGGAGAGUGACCAAAAUGAGAUGAGGCAGUGCUACAAGCAGCUCUGGGAGAGCAACCUCACGAUAGUGAGGUUGGAAGUGGCUAGGAACCUUGAGAAACUGCUUACAAUCAUGCAUAUGGACGAUUCGGUCUCUAUGUUCUGGCUGGUGCUAAAGAAUAUGUCAGUCGAUCAUCUGGAUCAAGUCAGGGCACAUUGUGUCGACGCGUGCCUCUCAUUUGCUAGAAGAUGCACUCCCGAGCAAAACCUUUCGUUCAGCUACCCGGUCAUAUUAGCCGCCGCCGCAGACUCAUCGUGGUACGUGCGCAAGACGCUAGCCGAACGAUUCGACAAAAUUUGCGAAAUAUUCGGCGAAGAUCAGUUGAAGCAACACCUGCUAGAUACCCACUUCAAUCUACUAACUGAUUUUGAGGAAACUGUAAAAAACGCUGCAGUUACUGCAUUCGGCAAAUGGUGUCACGUGCUAUCUCAACCGUUAGCUGAGAGAUAUAUAGCUCUCUUAGAGUCGCAACUAGAGGACGCCACAAGCCAGAUACGCCAGGACAUAUGCAAUAUUUAUGCCACCUUUGCUGAAAAAAUGAAUCGACCAAACGUACGUAUGCUUCUGAGCCAUAACGUGCAACGACUGCUUCGAGAUGACUCUAUGGACGUCAGGCUAUGCGUCCUAAAAAAUGUAGAAGUAUUAUGCGAUGCCGAGGACUUUGACAAAAACAUCGGAACGCAAAUCAAAGAAACUGUGGACCGUGCACUGCAAACGACACGAUGGAGGCACCGAUUGGUACUUGCGGAAAAGAUUGUAGGAUUCUACAAUCAUUUUGGGUUCUCAAUAUUCAGGAAAUACUUCUCCCAUGCACUGAUACGUUUGCUUUUGGACAACGUGUGGAAAGUGAGGAACACGAUGCUAGGAAGCAUCGAAGUGAUCUUCAAAGACUGGAAGGGUUCCUGGUUCGCCGAUGUGUUCCUCACAGACCUCAUCAGAUUAUAUGUCGAGCCACAUGAAUCGAGACAUAUUUCGAGCGAAGACUUGCCACUAUCGUACGCGUUAAAGAUAACCGUUAUACAGGCACUGGUUGCGGUGGCCAAAUCCCUGGACGUACAUACCACACUAACACGUAUCGUACCAGUGUUUCUGAAAGCCACAAAGGAUAAUAUUGCCAAUGUCAGAUUCGUGGCUGCCAAGGCCAUACGCAGCCUCUUCGUGAUUUACAAAAAUGAACGCCCGGAGCCGUUUUUACGACUAAGAUGCCGGAGGCAGAAGACCAUGCACAGGGUCGAACCCUAUCGCAUCUGCACCGUCGGACCCAAAGGGGUACGACAAGCUUCGUCCAUGGCCACCUCUGCAGCCGCUACAGAGUCUAAGGGGUCAUCUUCUGGUAUGACCUUCAACAAGAAGUUCGGACAGCACAUGCUUAAGAAUCCAGGUAUCUUAGACAAGAUCGUACUAGCGGCUGAAAUAAGAGCAUCGGAUACCGUUCUAGAGAUUGGACCAGGUACCGGGAAUCUUACUGUGAGAAUUGUUCCACUUGCAAGACGAGUGAUUGCAAUUGAUAUUGACAACCGUAUGGUUGGUGAGGUCAAAAAACGUUGCCUCUCCAUGGGAUAUAACAAUCUUGAAGUUAUAGAGGGCGACGCCCUUCGUAUCGCAUACCCAAAGUUCGAUGUAUGCACAGCGAACUUGCCGUACCAGAUUUCAAGCCCAUUCGUUUUCAAGCUACUGUCACACCGACCGCUAUUCAGAUGCGCGGUAUUGAUGUUCCAAAAGGAAUUUGCUGAGAGGUUACUGGCAUCGACGAAUGAGGAGAAAUACGGACGUCUGGCAAUCAACACUAGACUCUUCUGUACUGUCACACGCGUAUGCAAAGUUGCACCAGGUAGCUUCAAUCCACCUCCCAAGGUAGACAGUAUGAUAGUAAAAAUAGUGCCGCGCGAACAUCCGCUAGUGGUGGAUUUUGUGGAAUGGGAUGGGAUGAUACGUAUGUGCUUUUCUCGCAAGCGGAGGACUUUGCGCAGUCUAUUCAAAAAACAAGCAGUUCUAUCCAUACUGGAGGGGAAUUACAAAAACUGGUGUACCAUCAACCGUAAGGCCCCGGAACCUGUACCGUUUAAGGAUUAUUGCAUGGGAAUCUUAGAGGAAUCGGGGUUGUCGAACAGGAGAAGUAUCACCAUAUCUAUUGCGGAAUUCCUUGAGCUCAUGCUCAAAUUCAACAACGCAGGCAUACACUUCGCAAACGUGGCGCGGCCGUCGGAUGCCGCUCCGGACAGCGCAUCGCUGUCACACGGUGGCGGUGAUAGUGUGCCCGAAUUCCUAUUCAACGAUGAUCACAUGGAACUAGACGACUGA